AUGGAAUGGCACCUGUCGACAGAGUCCUCGGCGUCAAAUGCCAACAUGUCUUCCCGACCGCCUCUCACUUCGCAACAGUCGAACUCCCUUCCCUCGACUCCGUAUCAGCACACGCGUGGACUGUCUUUCCACUCGAGAUCACCCUCACCACGUCGCCGAAGUACCUCUCCUCAUUCCACCCACUCCGAGAUCAAUCCCCUGCCCUCUUUCAGAAAACCUCUCGGCGGCUGCAAGUAUGAGACGGGGAUGGCUUUCUUUCGUCGGCGGAUGCCGUACAGUUUGGGAGGCGAUUUAUUACCACAAGAGAAACUUGGGAUAAAACAGAAACUUGAAUCGGAAGAAGAAGAAAAAUUGAGUGCCGAUAUGCAGGCACUUUUUACCCAGCUAUUACCGUCCACGGAGAGCGACGAUCGCCGAAGGCAGCUUGUUCAAAAAUUGGAAACUCUUUUUAAUGAUCAGUGGCCAGGCAAUAAUAUCAAAGUCCAUGUUUUUGGGUCUUCCGGGAAUAAACUCUGCUCAAGUGAUUCAGAUGUCGAUAUUUGCAUCACAACAUCUUUCAAAGAGUUGGAGAAUGUUUGUUUAUUGGCAGAGGUGUUGGCAAAUCAUGGGAUGGAGCGAGUGGUCUGUGUUUCUCAUGCUAAGGUUCCCAUCGUGAAGAUCUGGGACCCACAAUUGAAAAUGGCCUGCGACAUGAACGUCAAUAAUACAUUAGCAUUGGAGAACACUCGCAUGAUCCGCACAUAUGUAGAUGUUGAUGAGCGAGUUCGUCCUUUGGCCAUGAUCGUGAAGCAUUGGACAAAGAGAAGAGUGCUCAAUGAUGCAGCACUUGGUGGAACACUUAGUUCCUACACCUGGAUAUGCCUUAUCAUAAACUUUUUGCAGACCAGGGAUCCACCUCUUCUCCCAAGUCUCCAGAAUCGGCCACAUAAAACCAAGAAAGUAAUCGAUGGUGUUGAAGUAUCUUUCGAUGAUGAUCUGGACUCAUUACAAGGAUUCGGCAAUGAAAACAAACAGACCCUCGGUCAGCUCCUAUUUCAAUUCUUUCGAUAUUAUGGCCACGAGGUGGACUACGAGAAAUCUGCCAUCUCAGUUCGAGAGGGGAAACUCAUAUCAAAAGAAGGAAAAGGAUGGCACCUGUUGCAAAAUAAUCGAUUAUGUGUCGAAGAACCAUUUAAUACCACCAGAAAUUUGGGCAACACUGCAGACGAUACUUCAUUCCGUGGCUUGCAUAUGGAAUUACGGAGAGCAUUCAAGGCCAUCUCAGAGGUCAAUUUGGAGAAGUGCUGUGAGCAGUAUGUAUUUCCUCCUGAGGAGGAACGUGUUUGGGAGCGGCCACCGCCCCAGCCACGGCCAAUCCUGACACCCACGUCGUCACACCCCUCUUCCCGAGGCGGCAGAGGCAGUGGUCGUGGAGCCAGGCAUUCAAAUCAGUAUGGUCGCGGAGGAAGCAAUUCUGCACGUCGUUCAUCUAGUGCAACUAAUCGCAGUAGCAACGGCAAUUUUCGCCCUCACCACGUCCAGGUCAACCCGGAUAUGAAUAUCCAUGCCCAACAGGCGCAAUACCUACUUCAUGACCAGUUGUACCAACAGAUUCAGAUAUUGCAGGCACAAGAGCAAGAGCUGCGAAUGCAACUACAUAACCAAUCUCUAUUGACUGGACGGGCUCCACCUGUCCUCAUUCGCCAACCCCUGAUACAAUUUUCAUUUCCGCAGCAAGAGGUCCCUGCAGAUGAUAACGCUCGAGCUCGAGCCGGCACAGUGAACCAUCCACCAUUGGGUUCCCUCCGUCCAGGAAUGUUCUAUAAUCCGGCAUACUUGCCACUCGCCACGCAAAGUGUCCAGGGAAGCAACACAAACCCUUCGUCUCCAUCGCUGUCGUCAGCAGUUCCAGAUCUGCAGCGAAAUCCUCGUCGUUCAUCGAUUGCCAACGGUUCGCCCAGUGGGUCACUGCGAUCUCACUCCCAGCCCGCGAGACCUGUGCACUCUCCGGUGAUGCAGAAUUUUGCUGCUUUGUAUUCACCGGUCCCAUUGAAUGAUGGCUCGAGAGAUCGAUUCCAACCUGGAUCCCCAAGUCGAAGUACAACAGAAACUGAUUCGACCUUGCAAAGCCCCUCGCUGUCGGCUAUGCCUGCUUCCGCCCUUCUUGAAGAACAUCGACCUUCCGAAUAUUUUGGCUUUUAUGUGACACCACAACAAUACCAGCAGACCCUUAUGGCCAUGCCUAUGCCUGCAGCAGCUUAUCCUCAGACGCCGGUGGAUUACCGCCAUACAGCUCUGGCUUAUCCCGAUCCUUUUGGUGCAUAUCCUCUACCCAACGGGCAGGCAGUGUCACCCUCCAUGGUCUCGACCCCAAGACAAGCAACCGUUCGUGACCGUGGUCCUCUAAUAAUUGAUGGCUCUGUUCCCCCGCAGGACCCUAAGACAUCGUCACAAGGCGACUAUACAGAUCAAUAUUCUAACUUAGCUGCGUCUGUACCAAGUGACGUGGAAACCGGGUGGGAAUCCCCUUCCAGGGCAUCGGAUGCCUUAUCAGCCGGAGCACAAGAGCCAACAACGUUCGAAAUGGAUCCUCUUUCAUCAACAAAUAGCAUUCACCAUACGGCCGGAGGGUUAGACUCUGGCCUAAGUAAUCAACUUCAGGGCUUGCAAGUAUCGCGCUCUGACGGUAUUGAUGAUGUACAAUCUGUUCGUGAUCGAAAGGUAACGAAGCCCGGACAACUUAACGGAGAAUCACCCACCAAACCACCUGCCCAUCAACGCCAGUCCAAGUCACCGGAGAAGCUGUCAGCAACGGGAAACCCUCAUUCGAAUAAGGAAUCUUCUCCUACCUCCCCUACAACAAAAAGCCGGACGAAUGGGUUGGAGUCCGACAAGGUGAACGGUGUUAAUCACAAAAUAAAAGCGAAAUCUGCGCAAGAACCACAGCCUGUUCCAUCAGUAUCAUUGCUGAGUAAAAGAGACACCCAACCUGCUUCUCUACCACGCAAGCCUGAAGUGUUGCCCCCUAUUCACAACGGCCGGGAUAGCGGAAAUACAAAUAUGAAUGGUGGCUGGCAGACAACCAAGAAGAAACAUAAGCGGAACGCAAAGUCCAUGGCGGAGGUUCAGCAGACAAAUAUGGGGGAGUCCUUCCCCCUGGAGGAGUCUCUUCGGAAGGGGGGAUGA